AUGGGUGCGAACAAGUACUUGGAAGAGAUCGCGAAGAAGAAGCAGUCUGAUGUGCUGCGCUUCCUUCUCCGUGUUCGAUGCUGGGAGCUUCGACAACUGAAUGUCAUUCACCGAGCAUCCCGCCCAUCUCGUCCCGACAAGGCCCGCCGUCUGGGUUACAAGGCCAAGCAGGGCUAUGUCAUCUACCGUGUUCGUGUCCGUCGUGGAGGUCGCAAGCGCCCAGUGCCCAAGGGUGCCACCUACGGCAAGCCCACCAACCAGGGUGUUAACCAACUCAAGUACCAGCGAUCCCUGAAGUCGACUGCGGAGGAGCGUGUCGGACGUCGUUGCGCUAACUUGCGCGUCCUGAACUCAUACUGGAUCAACCAGGACUCCACCUACAAGUACUACGAGAUCAUCCUCGUUGACCCUCAACACAAGGCCAUCCGCCGCGACCCCCGCAUCAACUGGAUCGUCAACCCAGUCCACAAGCACCGCGAGUCUCGUGGUCUCACUGCCACUGGCAAGAAGUCCCGUGGUUUGGGCAAGGGACACGGAUUCAACAAGACCACUGCCGGCCGGAGAAAGACCUGGAAGAGACACAACACCCUCAACCUCCAACGAUACAGAUAGAUGUCUUAGCGGGAUUUUUGUGUCGUUUGUGUUGCUUCUUCGAUGGGUUGCUGGUGGAAUUCUCGGUGCGUCUGGGUUAUGGCCAUGCUAUAACAAGCCGUUGCUCAUAGCAUACGCUGAUGAAUUGAACAAUUGAAACGCGAAAUGCG